CACACCUUCACCUGAACCAGUAGAUAAAGACUUCUACUCUGAAUUUGGGAGUAAAAACACAGAAAUUGCAGCCUCUAUCGCCACCCCUUUUGUGGAAAGGGUCCUGCCUGUAAAAGCAUGAAAAUGCAUCCUCCUGGGUUGCUGUUUUUCUUCUUAGCAGCAUGCUUCACUCCUACAGCUGACUGCCAGAGUCAGAAGUUAAAAUCCAUGCGAUGCAAUAUCAAGACGAUGUUUACCAUGAAUACAGCAUGUACUGCUUGUGCCGCAGCACCUAAAAUGGUGUGUCCAAAAGGCUGGUUAAAGACCACCCAAGGAUUAGGAGUGAAGAACUGCAGAUACACUGUCAAGUUAGGAGAAAAUACACUUUCCCAGCCAGGAUGCCAUCACAUAUGUAAGAAGGAAAUUGAAGAGAAAAAGUGCUGUCCAGGAUUCUGGGGUACGGAGUGCUAUGAGUGUCCGGGUGGCUUUCAAAAUCCCUGCAAUGGCCAUGGGUCAUGCUUGGAUGGUAUGCAGCAAAACGGGACCUGCAUCUGCAAGGAGCAAUACGGUGGUUUUGCCUGCCAGAAUUGUCGAGGUGAAAAUCGUUUUGGCCCAGACUGUCAGUCAGUGUGUGACUGUGUGCACGGGGAAUGCAACAGUGGCGUCGCUGGGAAUGGAAGCUGCACGUGCUAUGGAGGCUACACUGGCCCCAGGUGCGACCAAGAACUUCCCCUUUGCAAAGGCGUGACAUGCGAGGCCAACAGUGAAUGUGUGGUAAGGGAUGGGACAGCAAUGUGCGACUGCAAGCUGGGCUACAGAAAAAGUGGGAACACUUGCCAAGCUCUGGAUCCUUGUGCUGCUUCUCCAUGCUCCCCCUUCGCUGUAUGUAAGGUUCUUGGACCACGAAACUAUCAAUGUACCUGCAAAGAUGGAUUUCAAGGAGAUGGGAAGAUUUGCCAGCCCAUAAACCCUUGUGUUGACAGCAAUGGAGGCUGCCCAGAAAACUCUACCAUUUGUGUUUACAGACGUCCAGGAGAGGCAUCUUGUGUUUGCAAGCCUGGGAUGAGUAGGAGAACUCCUUCAUCCGAGUGUUCUGUAUUUCCCAAUGAUUGCCGGCAGUAUUUUUGUGACUUGACUUCCACGUGUGAAAUUAAUUCUCAGGGGAAUCCUAGCUGUGUGUGUAAAGAAGGGGAGAUUGGAGAUGGGAGAAGUUGUUAUAAAGAUCUCUUGAGUGAGAUAAAUCAGCAUAAUUCACGAGGGAGGUUUGCUAGGAAAUUAAGCGUCGCCAAGAAAAUGUUUGCUUCUGGUUGCUCAGUGUUGCUGACUAAAUACGGGCCUUUCACAGUCUUUGUACCAUCCCUUCUUCCGAUUCAUGAUAGAAUGGAAUUUAACGAUACCACUGCUGAGCAUUUGUGCAGAAUGCACAUUGUUCCUGGUCUGCAUUUGGUAGAAGACAUGAUAAAAGCCAAGACUGUGUGGACCUUGUCAGGACAUCGGCUAACAUUCAGCAGCCAGAUGUACAGCAAAUCAUUUCGAUAUCAAGACUUGCCGGGAGAACUGUACAAUGUUUUGCAAUCGAACUUACCAGCAGCCAAUGGCAUCAUGCAUAUCGUUAACACCCUAAGGAAAAAAACCAGCACUGACAACCUCAGAAACCCACAGAAAACCAUUGGUGAGAUCCUUGCUUCAAUGGAGAUCUUCAGUAGAUUUGAAACUAUACUGGAGAAUUGCGGCCUGCCUGCAAUAUUGGAUGGACCAGGCCCCUUUACUGUAUUUGUACCCAGCAAUGAUGGUGUGGAUAAGUUGAGAGAUGGAAGGCUCAUUUAUCUUUUCACAGAGGGCAUAAAUAAGCUUCAGGAACUUGUGAAACAUCAUAUCUACACUUCAGCAGCGGUGACUGUAGAGAAACUGAUAAUGAUGCCAUACAUUGUUACUAUGGCUAACCAGAUACUUACCAUCAACAUCAGUGCAGAUGGAAGAAUUCUGAUGGAUGAAUCGGGGAUCCCCUUAAACAUGCGAGACAUUGUGGCAUCAAAUGGUAUUAUUCAUACCUUGGACGGCAUCUUCAUCCCUCCUUCGAUAAUUCCCAUUUUGCCUCACAGAUGCAAUGAAGAGCAACAUAAAAUUGUGACAGGCUCUUGUGUGGAUUGUGAGGCCCUCAACAACAGUGUUUGCCCACCUGGCAGCAGAGAAAUGGAACCAACGCUCUUCCCAAAAGAAUGUGUCUACAUCCAUGAUCCACAAGGCCUGAAUGUCCUGAAGAAGGGGUGCGCCAGGUACUGCAAUCAAACUGUCACGAAACCUGGAUGCUGCAAAGGAUUCUUUGGUCCAGACUGCAUGCCAUGCCCAGGGGGAUAUUCCAAUCCAUGCUAUGGCCGGGGGAAUUGCAGCGAUGGCAUACAAGGGAGUGGCAACUGUCAGUGCUUUGAAGGCUUCAAAGGAAUAGCCUGCCACAUCUGUUCAAACCCAAACAAGCAUGGCGAGAACUGUGACGAAGAUUGUGGCUGUGUCCAUGGUAUCUGUGACAACAGGCCUGGCAGCGGUGGUGUGUGUCAGUCCUGGUCCUGUAAGGAAGGCUAUACCGGGAAAUUCUGUGACAAGAUGUCCGAGAACUGUGGCCCAAGCGGGCUGUCCCAGUACUGCCACCAGAAUGCUGUCUGCAGCCUCAACGACACAGCAAGGUGCAUCUGCAUGGAUGGAUACGAAGGUGACGGGUUUUCUUGCCAGCCCAUCGACCUGUGCAGUCAGCCAGAACGAGGAGGCUGUUCACAGAAUGCCCUGUGCACCAGUACGGGCCCUGGCACCGCCACCUGCAAGUGCAACACUGGCUGGACUGGGGACGGGAAGGCCUGUGUGGCUAUAGACAACUGCAUGCUGGAGAGCAGAGGGAACUGUCACAUCAAUGCUGACUGCAUUUAUAUCGGCCCUGGCCAGAGCAAGUGUGUCUGCAAGAGGGGUUAUGCUGGUGAUGGCCACAACUGUGAUGCAAUCAACCCAUGCCUCAUGGACAACGGUGGCUGCCAUGACUUGGCUACGUGUGUACCCCUUGGAGGAGGAGAGAGAUCCUGCGCUUGCCCUCAAGGCUACAUGGGGGAUGGCAUGACAUGCUAUGGGGACAUUCUAAAAGAGCUGGCCAGGAAUUCCCACUUCGCAGGCUUCUAUGACUGGCUUAAGAAAUCUCUCUUCAGCAUCCCAGCAGGAACCAAUGUCACUGUGCUGGUGCCAUCAGAGGCAGCUAUCAAAAACUUGAGCAAGACUGAGAAAGAUUUCUGGUUGACCCCCUACAUGCUGCCAUUUUUAGUCAGGGCCCACUUUCUUGAAGGUGUCUUCACUUCUGAAAAGCUCAAAAAAUAUGACAAGCCAGAAUUGCCCACCCUCAACCCACAGACCAGAUGGCAGAUAAACACCAGGAGCGGCGUAUUAACCAUCCAGAAUGCGAGUAUAGUCGUCAGCGACAUCCCUGCCAGCAAUGGCAUUAUUCAUGUCCUCAGUAAGGUUUUGUUGCUGCCUUCAGGAGAUAUCCCACCAAGUCCUCCAGGUCUGCAGAAACAGCUUGAGACAGUUGCCUCAUUCAGCACAUUCAAGGAGUUGCUACAGCAAUACCAGCUCAUUGGAAAAAUCGAGUCCUCUGAAAAAUACACAGUUUUUGUUCCUGGAAAUAAUUCCAUUGAGGAGUACUGCCAUGCUGCCAAUGUGACACAGUUGGACAACGAGACAGUGCAGUACCACAUUGUACUAGGAGAGAAGCUCUUGCCCACGGACUUGAGAAGUGGAAUUCAUAAGAACAGCAUGUUAGGGCUCUCCUACUGGCUCAUGUUUUAUCAAAACAGCACCCAGAAGUUUGUCAAUAAUAUUCCUUUGGAUGGAAAAUUUCUUGAGACGAAGAAUGGCAUGCUGAUCGGGGUUUCACAGGUCCUCCAGAUACAGAAGAAUCGUUGCACUGCCAAUACCACCACCAUACAAAAGUCAAGAUGCGGCAAGUGUGAGAAGGGGAUCAAGUGUCCUCCUGGAUCAGUUCUUGUGGAAUUGCCAGGAAGCAAGAAUCUCGCUCGCUGUGAAUUACGCUCUGCAGAUAUGGGAAUACUUGGCUGCCAUUUCACCUGUGCAAAAGUUUCUCUAAGGUCUGUCUGCUGCCCUGGCUACUACGGACACAUGUGCGAUAUGUGCCCAGGAAAGCCAGGACAGUGGUGCUCUGGGAACGGGGAAUGCCAGGACGGCAUCGAGGGCAGUGGAGAGUGCCGAUGCCUGGAGGGUUUCCACGGCACUGCCUGUGAAAUGUGUGAAGUGGGCCGAUAUGGAGCUGACUGCAAAUCAGAAUGUGCCUGCGACAACGGCAUAUGUAACGACGGACUGGAAGGGGACGGGAGCUGCGAGUGUUUCCCAGGGUGGAAGGGCCCUACCUGCCAAGAAAGAAUUGAGAUUGACUUAUGCAAUAACACUUGCCAUCAAAUGGCCAACUGCCUCAAUAGUUCCGCAGAUUCCCCACCUACGUGCUUCUGCUCUGCUGGAUACACAGGGAAUGGGACCCAUUGCACAGAAAUAGAUCCGUGCACUAUCGAUCAUGGCGGCUGCUCCAUACACGCUGUGUGUACUAAAGUGUCUCCAGGAGAGAGAACCUGUGUUUGUAAGGAAGGCUAUGCUGGAGAUGGGACACUCUGCAUGGAAAUUGAUCUCUGUCUGGAAAGCAACGGGGGCUGUCACACCAACGCAGAGUGCAUUAAAACAGGCCCAAGGAAGGUUGCCUGCAACUGUCUUCCCGGUUACAGUGGGAAUGGUGUGAGCCAGUGCAACCCCAUCAACUUGUGUGAACAGAACAACGGAGGCUGUAGUCCAUUUGGGCUCUGCAAGUACACGGGCCCUGGCACUCGAAACUGCUCCUGCUCUUGGAACAGUAUUGGAGAUGGCUUCACCUGCCAUAGCAAAGUGUAUCAGGAGCUUGGAAGGAUCGAAGACGCAUCUGUGUUCUUUAAGAUGAUACUGGCAGAAAACAUCAAGGAGCUCAACGGGGCAGGGCCUUUCACUGUCUUCGUCCCACGGGCAGAUUUCAUAGGCAACACCACAACGUUUGAGGAGUGGAGGAGCAGAGGUCUCCUCCGGGACCUGCUUCGCUACCAUAUGGUGGGUUGCCAGAAACUGCUGUCCAGUGACCUGGAAGCCCAGGAGUCCCUUACGUCUUUAUCUGGUCACAAAAUAAAGAUCACGGCGAAAGAGAAUAGCAUCUAUCUCAAUGAGGAAGCCAAAGUGGUCGUGAGUGACAUCAUCGGCGUGAACGGUGUCAUUCAUUUUAUCAACAAGAUCCUCAUUCCAAGUGACCUGGUGGACCGUAACGUUUCCUUAAAGAUCUCACGGCAAAAUAUCACGCAAGUGGCAGAGGCCUUUGGGUACACCAUUUAUAGCAAGCUGCUGCAGGACGCAGAGCUGCUGCCGCUGGUUAGUGACCCCCGGCAUAGACCCUUCACCAUGCUGUGGCCCACAGAUGCUGCGUUUAACGCCCUCUCAGAGAAAAGGCAGAAGUGGCUGUACCGCAGAGAGCAUCGGGACGUGCUGGCCUCCUACCUCAAAGCACACAUGAUCAGGGACACAAAGAUUGUUGCUGGUAAUGUGCCCCAAGUUGAAUCCAUACGGACCAUGCACGGCUCCAUUGUCUCAUUCAGCUGCAGCAAAACCCACGUGGGGGAGCUGCUGGUGGGCAACAGCGAUGCCAUCAUCAUCCAGAGGCACAUGGAAUUCAAUGGGGGCAUUGCUUAUGGCAUCAAUAGGCUGUUGGAGCCACCGGAUCUGGGAUCUCGGUGUGAUGAGUUCAGCUUUGUUGAGCUGCAGGGAUCUACAGAGAGCUGCGGACUCUGUGGCUUUGAGCCACCCUGCCCUGCUGGCUCCGUUCAACGGGGGGAAACCAGGCGCUGCUACUAUUACGGAAACCACCUGUUGAGAAACACUUUUCUGUUUCACCGCAACUCUCUGUUGCGGCCAUCCUGGCCACCCUCCCCGUGGGACCCCUUCAGAAGACACUUCUCUUCCAGGGGGCCUCUGAAACGAGGCUGCAAGAGGAGCUGUGUUUCCACCCAGUGGGUCCCUCAGUGCUGUGCGAACCACUAUGGCCGUGACUGUCAGGCAUGCCCGGGAGGGCUGGAGGCACCGUGCGGUAACCGUGGUACCUGCGACGACAAAAUCAGUGGCUCGGGGAGAUGCAACUGCAGCCAGGCUUACAUUGGGACCAGCUGUGAGCUGUGUGCGCCGGGCAGAUACGGGCCAGACUGCCGAGGUAAGGGGGAAGCUGUGGGGUGGCAGCAAUGCAGAGGGUUUGUGCAGAGGUGGCUGUGGCACAUGGUGCUACUUGGAGAGGAGGUAGGUGCUGGGCAGCCUACGGCACGGGAGUCAGCGCUGCCACGUUCGCACCAGUCCCGACAAUACUCGGGACAGUGGUUUUAUCCAUUCUUCACAGAGUGUAACUGUACUGAGAAUGGCGUGUGCAACGGCGGACUGCAUGGCGACGGCUUCUGCUUCUGUGCCGAGGGCUGGGCUGGAGACCGCUGUGAAAUCAGACUAGUCAUGACGCCCACCUGCUCUCCACCGUGCCACCCCCAGGCCAUCUGCCGCUCCAACAACCUCUGUGAAUGCAACCUGCACUACGAAGGAGAUGGGAGAACGUGCUCAGUGAUCGACAUGUGCAGCCAGGACAACGGGGGGUGCGCCAGGCAUGCACAGUGCACGCAGGUUGGCGUGAAUGUCUCCUGUGCCUGUGUUUCUGGGUACGGAGGUGACGGCUACGUCUGCGACCCCAUAGACAGGUGUGUGGACGGCAGGAACGGGGACUGCAGCCAGCACGCCAACUGCAUCAGCACUGGGCCGAAUGAGCGGCGCUGCGAGUGCAAGCAGGGCUAUGUUGGUGACGGGAUCCAGUGCCUGGAAGAGGCCGUGCCCCCCACGGACCGGUGCCUGGAAGACAACGGGCAGUGCCAUCGGGAGGCCAUUUGCACCGACCUGCACUUUCAUGAUAAGACUAUGGGCGUAUUUCAUCUGCAGUCACCCCGAAAAAAGUACGACUUCACUUACGAGCAAGCUCAGAAGGCCUGUGCUGCAGAAGGUGCUUCCCUGGCCAGUUUACAGCAGCUCUCGGCAGCACAGCAGAUGGGAUUCCAUCUGUGCUUGGUGGGUUGGCUGGACAAUGGCACAGCCGGAUACCCCACAGCCUACCCCAACCCCAGCUGUGGGGCUAACCGAGUGGGCAUCGUGGACUAUGGCUCCCGAAGCAACCUGAGUGAGAACUGGGAUGCAUUCUGCUACCGGGAGAAGGAUCUGACUUGCACCUGCCGUGAUGGGUUCGUGGGAGAUGGGUACUGGUGCAGCGGCAAACUCCCUGAUGUGCUCGCAGACGACGCUCGCUUCUCCACCUUCUAUUCUAUGUUGCUCGAUUUUGCCAAUGACACAGAAGAAGGACUGGAUUUUUUCAUCUAUUUGUCUGAUGACUCCGCUCCCAAAACUCUCUUUGUCCCUCUGAAUUCUGGCUUCGCAGACAAUGAAACGCUGACAGGAGAAGAACUGAAGCUCCACGUGUCCUCCAGCAACGUUGUCCUCUUCAGCUUCAACCUCACAACGGGGACCAUCAUCCCGUCCCAGUCAGGAUAUGACCUCCAUAUAUCAGACCUCCCAGUGGGCAACAGUACAGAGCACUCAGAUGCCAAGGGGAUCAAUGACACGAUGAUUGUGGAGUGGGACAUCAUAGCUUUCAACGGCAUCAUUCACGCCAUUGCAGAGCCGCUGAGGAUCCCACCGCCCAUCGUUCAUCUUGGUCAGGUGAGCGUCCGAGGGCACGGAUUGGGGAAGAAAGCUGCUGAACCAGCUGGCGCCAGGCCUGGGAGCAGGGACGGAGCGACCGAGUCAGCCCAAGGACCGGCCCCGUCCUCCCUGCUCCCCCGGCACGGCUCGUUUUGGCCGGGCUGCCCACGCUCAGCAGGGUGGCCGUGCGGGAGAGCCCGUCGCUCUGCCGUAACCGGGCCCCUGUUUUUCGACGCAGGUGAACGGCGCGGCGCCUGCGGCGGCCUCCGUGGCCGCAGGGACGCUGUCAGCGCUGUGCUUCGCGCUGGCGCUGGCUGCCGGUGCCGGCGUCGCCUACUACUGCGUGAAGAGGCGGCGGCGGGAGGAGCAGUUCGGGUAUUUCCAGAUACAGAGAAGAGGAAAAAAAUAAUAACAAUAAAGACUCCCUCUGAAAUGCUAAGACCAAGAAGGCUUUGCCAUGAAACACUUUGUGUCCUGUUCCAGUCUGGCUAUGCCCCAGCCCAGAGACCGUGGAAUGUCUUAAUAGGAUAAAGCAGUCUGCAGAGUGGAUGGAAAUCAGUCUCCAUGCUGAUCUCGGCAGCUGACAGGAGCUGGCUCCUGUUGUUCCCAAGGGCUUGCUUGGUUACCUUCCACUUGGACAGAAGAAGCAAAACAAUGCUUAAGUUACUUGACGCCCAUUAACAUUCAUGCUUGAGGGGAACAUUGCUCCCUCUUGGGGUAUAAGUUCCAAACUGUGAGCUCCAGGAUCAAAGCCUUGGUAUGAAGCUGCUCCUGCUGCAAGCAGAGCACAAUCUCAUCCAGAAGUAUUGUAUGAUCCUGAGCUGCCAUAGGGCAGAAGGAAUCCAGCCUCCCACCAUGAACUCUACAUCCUACCCAGGCAAGGGGCUUCUCAGCCACAAGUGAUCUCCAGUGCACACCUGCAUUUUCCCUCAGAUAAAACACUCCACAAUUCACUACAGCUCACCAUCAGGAGGUUUCCCUCACCUUGGAUGUAUGUGCCAUUUCACUCUACUGGCCUACUACGAGUGGACCUUAGGCACCGUGCAGCGAUAAGGUUUUAUCUCCUAGGGGGCCAGAUCGUCAUAGCUCCAGGCUGCAUUUGUAAGACACUUCACCUACAUCCCAUGAAGAAAACUUUUAACAGGUCAGCACAGCUUAUAAAGCCAUUUCGUAGGUUUACUCCUGUUUAUGCUAGUGGCCUGGGAAAUGGGGGAAGAAAAUACGUAAAGAGGAAAGAAUAGACCUCUCCCUCAAGAGCACUAAUUCCUGGUCAGUCGUAAGCUGAGGCAACAAAGCAGACGCAAGUUCCCAAAGCAAAUAAUCCAAAGAGCAAAGCGAGGACAGCAGCUUGUCUAUCAGCUAGUCCCUUGGCAGCUCCUAACUGACCACAAAACCCAGCUGCCACGUACAAAGGCUUCCAGAGCUGCCAAUUACCAAACAGCAUGUACCCAGUAACUAAAAACAACAACAACCAAAAAAAACCAACAAAACAAAACAAAAAACCAAACCACA